UGUCUAUGGAAUCACAGAACGGAAUCUUGUAAAAGAUUAGGCCAUUUCAUAAAACAAAUGUAUAGUAACUCGCAGAAAAUAUCUUCGGGACAGUUGUAUUUAUUUCAGCUUUGCAUUUUAUCGUAAAUUGAAUCGUGAGCCGCAUCGUAGGUCCAUUGAAAAGGAUUCUUCUUCGACUCCUGCGGAAGGGUUAGCAGUCUCGAUUCUGCAAUAGAAAAGAUUUGCAUUGAGAGGAGACGUAAGGUUACGGUAGAGGUAUAUCUAGUGUAAGCUGACGUAGUUUCGCUGGGAGGAGGUUACCAUUCACUCGUCGGACUAACAUGUCAGUGCUGAAUCAGAGCGGAGAAGAGCAGGUAAUGACAACUGAUGUGGAAUGUCCCCUGUGUAUGGAGCCCCUGGAGGUGGACGAUCUCCACUUCUACCCGUGCACAUGUGGAUACCAAAUAUGCCGGUUUUGUUGGAAUCGCAUCCGGGAAGGAGAGAACGGGCUCUGCCCAGCGUGUCGGAAGGCCUACCCGGAGAACCCGGCAGACUUCACUCCGCUCAGUCAGGAGCAGGUGGCAGCAAUAAAAACGGAGAAGAAGGCCCGCGAGCAGAAGCGGCGGAACAAGACGCUGGAGUCGCGGCGGGCGCUCGCCAACGUGCGCGUCGUGCAGAACAACCUCGUGUUCGUGGUCGGAUUGCCCGUGCGCCUCGCAGACCCCGAGAUCCUCAAACGGCAGGAGUACUUUGGCAAAUAUGGCAAAAUUCACAAAGUAGUUAUAAACCAAAGUACCACAUAUGCAGGCUCACAGGGUCCGUCGGCGUCAGCGUACGUGACGUACGUGUCCCCGGCGGACGCGCUGCGGGCAAUCCAGGGCGUGAACAACGUUACCCUGGACGGCCGGGUCCUCAAGGGAUCGCUGGGCACCACCAAGUACUGCGCCAACUUCAUGAAGAACCAGCCCUGCCCCAAGCCCGACUGCAUGUAUCUGCACGAGCUAGGUGAUCCGAAGGCGUCGUUCACUAAGGAAGAGAUGCACGCGGGGCUGCACCAGGUGUACGAGCGGAAGCUUCACAACCAGCUGCUGGCCUCGCAGCGAGACUCUAACAAUAGUUCAGGUAAUUCUAGUACGAAUGCAGAAAAGGGCAGUUCAAAAGACGGCAAUCCAUCGAACUUUAUACCGACAACAGUGGUCACAUCCUCUCAUAUAAACGUAGUCAAUUCAUCUAAAUCUAAAAAAGAAUCUGUGAACGGCAGCAGUGGUGGCGGCAGCGGGUCGGGCAGCAGCAGCAGCAGCGGCAGCGGCAAGGACGCGUGGCCCAGCCUCGGGUCGUCGCCGCCCGCCGCCAGCCCCGCGCGGAAACACAGCCCCAAGCCCGACGACGGCAAGGACUGGCCCAGCCUCGGCUGUGAACCCCCCAGCGAGCCGCAUAGGAAACAUAGUCCCAAACCCUCUACGGGUGCUGAAGUUAAAUCACAAGAAAACGGCACAUCAGAAUCGUCCAGUCCCACACUCACACAACAACCCCCCGCCAAAAGCAAAGACGACAAACCUAGCAGAAAGGAAAGCACAAACGGACAGACUAGCAAGAAAAAUAAAGCCGACAAAAGCAAACAAACGAAAAGCAAUAGUAUUAAUAACGAUGAAACUGAUGAGAAAACGUUCAACACACAAACACAUUCUGUAUUCGAGAAUGACACGCAACAGUACCUAUCCAACGAAUUAGAUGAACUAGAAUCCGACAGACAUAGCUUAUUGGAGAACCACGACCUGUUAGAUAACAGCGAUCACAGUUUGUUAGAAGACGACAACACGCAUAACCUCCUGAACGAUGCCAAUAAUGAAGUAAUGAUGAUGCAGAGGCAUCGAGAAAUGUUAGCCGGGUUGGUGGACAGCAAUCAUCUGAUGCCACACGUGAAAUCUCCACUGGUGAACGGGUACGGGCUCCUAGACCGAGACAUGGGGUACGAUAGACAGAUUAAUCAAAUUAGCCAAGGCAUGGACCAGAAGGAAUUAUUGUUGAGAGAACGUAGCCGCAGUGAAAUGUUGAUGCGACAGAAUGAAUUAUUAGCCCGACAGCACAUGGUUGACCCCAAACUCUAUAUGCCCACUUCUAGUAUAGGACUUGAGUCUACUAGUGAAUUAUUAGGUGCUAAUUUUCAUCCAAAUCCCAGUAUGCUUCCACCGUUCGGUAUGCGCGUAGACAACUCAAUGGGCAACAGUUCUAUGACGUCGAACAGUAUCGCGUCGAACCUCGGCGGCAGUUCUAUGUCGACUGGGUCACUCGCUAGUAACAUGGGCGGUUUCAUGAUGCACAACCAGCAUGUGAUGAACCAGCAACCCCUGCAGGGGGGGCUCGUCAACGGAUUCGAUAACCCACAAAAUAAUAGUGAAGGCCGCUACCUAGAAGGCAACAUGGACAAGUUCUUCACAGACUUCCACAAGGCGCAGCAGAUGAGGCUGCUCCUGGCCAGGGGACACUCGCCCGACCCUCGCUACAACUUGCACAACAUGCUCAGCGCCGAGAGGCUCGAGAUGGACCACAAACAAAGAAUGAACAACAUGCGCACAGACGGCAUCGGGCACCGCGCGGCCGGCGACGGAGACGACGACCUCGACUUCGACCCCUUCAAGGAGACGCAGAAGGCGCUCGCCGAGAUGAUGGAAACCGAGAUGAUGCAGACCACCGUCUCUAGCGGCGACAACAUGGAGCGUGUGAGGCGCGCGCGGCUGCCGCCGCCCGGCUUCGGGCCCGUCAGCACCUUCGCGCCGCCGCCGCGCCACCACCACCACCAAGGGUUCUCCUCGAACAGCGGGUACUCAGACUGGACUCAAAUGGACCCCGCCAUCAUGUCGACGUCCGUCAACUUCAACAAGCCAGCCGCCGGCAGCAGUCUCUCGCCGCACCAGCAGGAACUCUUCGCGAGGUUCAACCACCUCAGUGUGCAGCCCAACGGGGUCAACAAAAUACAGGUGCCGCUAGUGCAGCAAUGGGCCAACGCCGGCAAACUGGGCUGGUCGUACAACUCGAUCCCGCUGCCGCCCGGCUUCGCGCCCGCCAAGCCGGGCCAGCACGCGGCCGAGUGCAUCGACGCCAAGUAACGCCCACCCGCGCCCAGACGCGCCCAGUCGCGCCCACACGCGACACACAGUGCAAUCCACCACGCAGACCGAUAUUAUAUUUUCUAUUCACUAAUAUUAUUGUUCUUUCCGUUGGUGAUGUGAUCGAUAAAUCUUUGUAUUAAGAAGAGCAUAUUUUAAACGAGAGAAAUAUGAUAACAAAGGAAUUUGUAAAAUAAAUUAACAUAUUUGUUUUAUUUAAAAAAGUG